AAACAUGGCGGUGUAGCAACAAGACGCUUUCUUCAUUGACCAAUUUGAUGCAAAAUUAGUGAAAUCUGCAUCUAAUUCUUUCAUUUAAAUUUUCAUUAAGGGACAUUUAUAUAGAAUAUUCGCAUGGAAGUGUGUUAACCUGUUUUAUUGCAGCAGGGGUAUUGCGGAGACAAUUUAUUAUUUUCAGAUAUCUUGUGAGACAGGAGACAGGUGCUCUUUAAUGACAAAACUUCAACACUAGAUCUACUAAAUAAUGUCAGCAAAACAGCAAACUGCCAUUUCAAAAGUGAUGGCAGUGUUACAGGAGUGGGACAAAGGCAGCAAAGUAACCCGUAGAAAGAUUUUACAAGACUUUAUAGCUCAAAAUCAAAACAAGACAGGCCCUGAACUGGAACAGGAAUUUGCUCAUGCAGCAAGCCUAUUCCUUACACGUUUAACGGCAUGGCUUAGAUUAACAUAUAUGAUUGGCACAAGCCUUAAUGAGCAACUAAGAGCAAUUUCUAUAUUCCUGUCAGCUUCAAGUGGUCACAAAUUUAUGGCAGAGUUUCUUGAAGUUGGUGGUGUUCUCACCUUACUGGAGAUAAUAGGACUUAAACAGGCCAAGGAAGAGGACAAAAGUGAGGCUUUGAAAAACAUUCACUACAUAGCCAAUGCUGGCAGGAAAUACAAGGAACUUAUCUGUGAAAGUUAUGGUAUUCGAGCUAUAGCAGAGUGUUUAGCCAAGUCAAAAUCUGAGGAGACCCAGGAUGCUUGUCGGAACCUUUUACUGAUGUUGGCACAGGGUAAUCCCAAGUUUGAGGUACAAGUCUAUAAGGGUCUUAUUGCACUUCUUCCAUGCAGUUCACCUAAAGCCCAACAGAUGGCUGCACAGUCACUCAGAGUUGUACAACCCAUUGUAAAGAAUGCAAAUCCAUCCAUUAUUGAACCACUUCUGAAUUUAUUGAAAACACUUCAUCUUGAGGUCCAGUUUGAAGCAAUUGAGUUGAUUAAAGAACUGAUGGAUUAUGAUGUGGGAGCAGUCCUGCUAAGUGGUCUUGUGAGUUCUUUACGACCAGCAAAAGAAGAUAUUAUUCAGAAACCUGAUCUUUUAGAUGAUGGGGACGUCCCGAAAAUGAAUGCUCCCCUGCCAGUGUUUGUACAGCAAGCGGCAGCAGCUAAAACAAUAGGGAUUUUGGCUCGUGAGUCCAAUGAGCUUGCAGAAAGGCUUAUUCAGUUGAGGGUUGUCCACAAUUUAUGUUAUGCUAUGGGAAAUAUGGAUUAUGCUGAUAGUCAAAGACAGGCCAGCAUAUCACUAGAGUAUUUGUGUAGAACAUUCCCAAUUGUUGAUGACCAUGUGAGAGAUGCCAUGGGUGACAACCUCUAUGAUCUGUUCAUGUCCAAUCCUGAAACAUUAUAUUUAAACAUGAACCAUGUACAAGCUGACGUCCUUGUUUCAAACAAGCUUAACAUACCAAAAUUGGUAGAAAAGGUAGAGUAAUGACUACUUGCUUGUUACAUCAAACAUUCAACAUGUGGAAGUGAAAAACCAGACUGUAACCACAAAAUGUGUAAUUGUGCAGUGACAAGUGUCUGGAUUUUGUAUAAACUAACAGUUGUUACAUGAAGAAUCACAGAAAAUAAGAUUUAAAUAAACGAUUCUUCUUCUACCCGCAGGCUGCUUUACUAUAAUAAUUGACAGAUUUUCACUACUAUAUCAUCAUCAUAUUUAUAUUUCAUUCUUUGAAAAAUUGCCACUAUAAUGAAUUUGAUAAAAUUACUCAGUAAGCAAGUUUGUUUUUUAGAAAUAUAUAAGAUAUAUUUUUAUCACAUAAAAUAAUCUGUGGAAUGCCUGGAAUUCAUCUAGAGUUAACUUUAUUUCAAAAAUUGAAAAAGAAUAUUUUUGUCUUUAUAAAAUCAUUUAUAUCUUUCAUAUCCAAUGUAAUUUUAAAAUGUGUAUACAUUUUGUUUAUGUCAUGUAAACAUACAGUGUUGUUGUCUUAUUUCUCUUUAAUAAAAACGAUGAUAAAAAUGUAUUGAAUGCCAUUAAAAUAAAAUAAAAAGUUUAUUCAUUUUACU